GGCGGUAAAUUGAACUGUCUGUGAUAUUUUUCAUCCCUGAUAGGCAAUGGUUCUGUAUAUAAUGGUUUUGUCCGUAUCCGUAAAUUGAUUCGUUAGUCAUACUCUUAAUCUAUAUUUUCAUUUAUGAUUGCGUUUGUUACUUCUGUCCUUUUAAUUUUAUCGCAAUGUUGGCAUUGAUACCAUGAGAGUUUUACUUGUAUUCCGAGUUUAAGCCAGGGCGUGCGUGUCAGUGACAUUCACGUGAUAAAGAACAAAUUGUUCUUGCGAUGUGAAACAUGGAGAACGAUCGAGCUACGCCGAUGUUAGACUCUGCACAGUACUUAAGUAAAUUAGAAUCUCGUUUAGCUAGAAUAAAAGAUAAAAAUAAAGAACCGACGCCUAAAGAGAUUUUAACGUCUCUGCAACAAGCCAAAGAGAGUAUUUUGGGAAUUGAAAGGAGUCAAAAUGAAUCCAGUUCCUUUCUGUCCGAAGAGAGCGGAGAUAAACAAGUUUCGUCGUCUUCUAUAGAGAGAUACUUGUUUCCAGAAAAACAAGCCAUUAUUAUUGAAGAGAUUCAACAUCUGUUGCAAUAUGAUACGUUAGCAAAGACAACUGCUGAAAUUGCAAAUGAAGUUACCAAUUCAGAGUGUAAAAAUGAUUAGAAUGAUGAUAGGGAAUUUAUUGUUAAGAAAAAUGUGUAAAAUUGUUAAAUUUGAAGUUAAAAUAUAUACAUUGAGAUGAUGAAUUUAAAAUGUAUAAAACUAUGUUAUUUU